AACCAAAUUUAUAAGUGCAAUUUGUGUCAACAUGAUUACAAGUAUAAAAACAUUAAUGGUUUACAAAGACAUGAAGCUCAAAAACAUAAAGAAUAUAAUAGUCCGCCUGUAACUGUAUUUGUUCAAAUAUUUAGUAAUCAUAUAACAAGAUAUUCAAGUGUUGAUAGGUGGUAUAGAUGUGUUUUUAAAGGAAUGGAGGGGAAAGAAAAUUUAAAUGAAUGUCUGGGGUCAGAAGAUUGGGCCAUUAAAUAUUAUGAAAAUAAUGAAGCUGUUUUUUCAGAUAUAUGUACAAGAUUAGAAGAACUACAUUAG